CGGUCUCCAAUCUGCUCGCUGAAUAGGCCGGCGGCUUGACUAUGGUGGCUUGUUACGCCUCGGCAGCCGCCGGCCAACUCGAUCAUAAGGUACAUAAAGCGGAACCACUUGUGCAUCAGCGGCUUCACUUCCAUCGAAUGAUCAGUACGUUUAGGACUCGGUUAAUUUCAGGUCUGAGCCCUCCAUGUUAGAGACAAUUUAACGUAAGUGACAUGGCGCAUGACCCCUUCUAGGCCUAGGGAUAGAAUCUGGCUUGAUAGUUUCAGACGAGUAAGACAGUACAUACAGUCUUGCAACUGCAUACUAACGAGGGCUAGCCAAACAGCCCAUUUACCAUGAUUUCAACCGAGGAUUUUGACAAAAUAACGGCGACGGUGGCAGAUUAUCACAUCUCUGCACGCGGCGCUGAAGGGUUGCUUUUACGCGAUGUUUGGGGCCCCCGAGAGAAGUCUAUGGGCAACCCGUGGACUCCAGAAAACCCCAAUGGGACUGUCAUCCUCCGCCUAGCCGAGAAUAGUCUGAUGCACAAUGAGAUCGCGGAUUUCAUUAAACAAGAGAUCACCGUUCUUCCAGUGAACCACUUGACCUACAGCACUGGACCACGAGGAUCGCACCGCCUACGCCUUGCAGCCGCGAAAUUCUUAACAGACGAAUUCAAGCCCCGAAAACCUCUUGGUAUUGGUAACAUUCUCAUCACCCCAGGCCUGGCUAGUGCUAUCGAUGCACUGGCUUGGACUUUCUGCGAUGAAGGAGAUGCUGUAUUGAUUCCACAGCCAUUGUAUAACGGAUUCAAGGUCGACGCAUUAAACCGUAGUAAUGUUCAGGUGCUUGGUGUUUCCUACACUGGAAUCGAAGGAUACACGACCCUCGACGAUUUAUUCGACCCCGAAGUCAACAGGAGGGCCAUAGCCAGGGCGCUCGAUAGGGCCAAAAGUAACGGCAUCAAAGUGAAGGCUCUAUUAAUUUCCAACCCUCAUAACCCUCUAGGAAGAUGCUACCCACCCGAGACCUUGGAAGUAUUUGCCUCGGCAUGUGGUCAGAACGACCUACACUUCAUCUCUGAUGAGAUCUAUGCCAAGUCAACUUUCCAAAAUCAAGCCAUUCGCAACGCUGUCCCUUUUCAUUCAACUCUCUCUCUUGACUUGAGCGGAAUUAUCGACGAGACUAGCCACCAUAUCCUCUACGGCGCUAGCAAGGACUUCUGCGCCAACGGCUUACGUCUCGGACUUGUGUGUACCAGGAACGAAGGGGUUAUGGGAGCGCUAUCCAGUAUUAGCAUCUUCUCAUGGUCACCGCACCUCAUUCAGGAUGUGUGGGCUGCUAUGCUAGAAAACAAAUCCUGGCUCGCCACGUUUACGGCGGAGAAAGCAGAGCGCAUGGUUGUAAACCACCGUAUCACAACCUCAUUUUUGCGUGAGCAUAAAAUUCAAUAUUUCGACACAAAUGCUGGACUCUUUAUUUGGGUAGACCUUCGGCACAUGAUCACUUCGCCAAAGGACUCUCAGCAUCAACUCAUACUUGACUCCUUGGACGUAGAAUGUACUUUUGAAAAGACAUGCAAACAGCGCGAGAUAGAAAUAGCCGAUAUUUGCAUGAAGCAUGGCGUUUUGGUUGCACCAGGUCAUGUGUAUAUGGCGGAGGAAUAUGGGUGGUUUCGGCUGACGUUCACAGUCGGCAAAGCUGCUUUGCAAGAAGGUCUGAAUCGCUUCUGGGAGGCCUUGAAAGAGGCAGAAGCACAUGCGCCAAAUACUUGAAAUACUGUUUGCAAACGGACCCAUUGUUAUUCCCAUUGUCCCUGUCAUUAGGCAUCCUGUGAGGUAGAUUGGCGUGAAAGGGGGGUAAUGCAACGAAGCAACUGUCAAUGAAAUCAUUGUCCCUGGUUCCUUCGGUUUCGUAGAGAGUCGGGUUGCUUAAGAGCAACCUUUUUUAUAGAACAUAACGACGAUCACUACUAUAGACGCAACCUUAAGACGUCUAGGUAUAAAAGAUUUCUAAUUUUUUUUAUAGGAUAUCCUAUUAAGCAACCUUAAGGC